AGUUAUUAAUGGUAAUAGCGCAAAUGCCUUCCUCAAACAACAGAUUUCAAAUAUAUUGCAUAAUGUUCACCCAUAAAGCACCGCGAGGUUACCGGCGAAUGUGCAAAAUGGCGUCCACGGCUGGCAGGAUUGUUGUACGUCAGCAUAAACAGUUAAUAAAAUUCCCAAAUCGUAUAAAAAUGCACAGAAACCCUAGCUCCAACAACAAAGGCCCAGAAGUGUCAUCAGUUAUUGCUUCUAUAACUCAACAAGUUCCUUCAUUUAAACCAUUAAAUGCGCCAUCAGUUAAAGCUACACCAGCUAUGACAUCCAGUUACGAUGAUGGUAUUAUAACGCUACCUUUCAGAUUUCAACGCAAGUUAAUUUCUCAAGAAGAGAUGGAAUAUAUAGAGAGAGGAGGUCCAGAAUGACAGCAGCAAAGACAAAUCUAUAAAUAUUUGGUGUUCACAAUGUUUUUGCAAGCUACUGGUGUGAUUUUAUACAUAGAACAAAAUGGAUUUUAAAACAAUUUCCAUUUCAGUGACUUUUUUUGUCUUAAAGAAGUUGGACAAAAACAAUAUAAUUGCUCAUAAUUAUCGAUGUUAUUAGCAAGGAUGUUUGAUGGAUUUUCUCUGCUGAUUUGUUUAGUGUCAACAAAUUAUUGUUCAUAAGUGGAAUAUUAUUAUUGUCCUGGAACAGUAUGCACGAUUAUUGGAUGAUGAACACUGGCACUGCUGUCAAAAUACAACUUCAGUUUGUAUGAACAUGCUUUACAUCAUGGGGAACAGAGGGACAAUCUUUAGUUGCUCCCUAAGAGAGUAAAGAGAAACUGAAUAUUGCCCCUUUCAGAAGAUAAUGCCUACAUGCUGUAAAUGGAAUUGAGGAAUUUAUUGUUGUUCCUAUUGGAAGAAAUGUAAAGAAUUUGUCUUCAAUAGCUCCAGCAUUUAUGGAAAUAUUUAAUAAAUUUGAAUCUUUUUUAUUAAAAAA